CUUCCCCUCUCCCUCUCCCAAUCCCAGGCUGUGUGCUUUGCUUGUUAGUUUUAGUCUCAAGCCUCCACCAGUACAGUCAAUACUACCUUACUUUUAGUGUCUGGUAGUAGUACUACCCUGCCAGCUACUAGUCUAACACAACCUCAUCUCAUUCACUCCAACCACUUACUAACUUUCUUUAUCAUACCUCGCUUCUUGCAGUGAUCUAAGCCAAAUAUGCAGAUACCAUCUUGGAAUGUUGAUCCGCCCCCUCAUUCUACGCCCCCCCUGUCGAUGAGUUGCCUUGGCCAGCGAUCACCUGGCCUCUUCCUCCUCUGAUCUACUUUUCUUUCUUCUUUCCCUCCUUUCUGUCUUUUUGGUCUCCUACACCCCGUCUAUCUUUGCAUUGGAUGCAUUGGAUAUCACUUACCAUGGUAGCCUAUCGCCUAUGGCCGGUAUUUCUCGUACUGGCUACCGCCUACUCUGUCUCAGUGAACCCCUUGCCUGCUCCGCGUAACAUCACCUGGGGAUCGUCUGGACCUAAGCACUUUGCUGGUUUUGUAACGCUGCGGGCAAUCAACGACACGGAUGACAAUAUUCUCGCCAAUGCCUGGAAUCGUGCGUGGAACACCAUAGUCGACCUGCAGUGGGUGCCUGCUGCCACCGAAGCCCCGAUCUCCAACUUCCAACCCUUUCCAACUGCGUCUCCCAAGGCGAGUCGCCAGGUCAAGCGUGUCUCAGCCCCCUCGGUUCAAUAUAUCGAUGUAGAAGUUGCAGACAUUACCGCAGAUCUGCAGCAUGGAGUGGACGAGUCCUACACUCUCGAACUCACCGAAGGCAGCACCACGGUUGAUAUCAAAGCUGCGACUGUUUGGGGGGCGCUCCAUGCCUUCACCACCCUUCAGCAGCUGAUAAUCUCGGACGGCUCGGGUGGGCUGAUGAUCGAACAAUGCGUCUCUAUUCAAGAUGAGCCUCUGUACCCUUACCGAGGUAUCAUGAUAGACACGGGACGCAACUUCAUCUCGGUCGGCAAGAUCUAUGAGCAGUUGGACGCCAUGGCGCUUUCAAAGCUGAAUGUCUUGCACUGGCACCUGGAUGACACUCAAUCCUGGCCCGUGCAGAUUGAUUCCCAUCCGGAGAUGGUGCAGGAUGCAUAUUCGCCCCGCGAGAUCUUUAGUCAUGCGGACAUGCGCAGUGUUGUUGCGUAUGCCCGCGCGCGCGCCAUUCGGGUGAUUCCCGAAGUCGACAUGCCAAGUCAUUCCUCGUCGGGCUGGAAGCAGGUGGAUCCCGAGAUGGUGACCUGUAUCGACUCGUGGUGGUCCAACGAUGACUGGGCUCUGCACACUGCGGUCGAGCCGAACCCCGGCCAGCUGGACAUCAUCUAUCCCGGCACGUACGACGUGGUGCGGGACGUGUACAACGAGCUCUCGGAGAUUUUCCCGGACAACUGGUUCCAUGUGGGCGCGGAUGAGAUCCAAGCAAACUGCUUCAACUUCAGUACCUACGUCACGGACUGGUUCAAGGAGGACCCGUCGCGGACCUACAACGACCUCGCGCAGCACUGGGUGGACAACGCGGUCCCCAUUUUCCGCAACUACAGCGCUUCGCGCCGGUUGGUGAUGUGGGAGGACAUCGUCCUGUCGACCGAGCACGCGCACGACGUCCCCACCGACAUCGUCAUGCAGUCGUGGAACAACGGCCUGGACUAUAUCAGUAAGCUGACCGACCAGGGCUACGAUGUCAUCGUCUCGUCCUCGGAUUUCAUGUACCUGGACUGCGGCUUCGGAGGCUUCAUCACCAACGAUCCCCGCUACAGUGUCAUGAGUAACCCGGAUCCCAACACCCCCAACUUCAACUACGGCGGCAACGGCGGAAGCUGGUGUGGCCCGUAUAAGACCUGGCAACGCAUCUACGACUACGACUUCACCACGAACCUGACGGAUGCCCAGGCCGCGCAUAUCAUUGGCGCCGUCGCGCCGCUCUGGUCCGAGCAGGUCGACGACGUGACCGUUUCGAGCCGCUUCUGGCCUCGCGCAGCGGCCUUGGCGGAGCUCGUGUGGUCUGGUAACCGCGACGAGCAGGGCCAGAAGCGGACCACGCUGAUGACGCAGCGCAUCCUGAACUUCCGCGAGUACCUCGUGGCGAACGGCGUCCAGGCGAGUCCGUUGGUGCCCAAGUACUGCCUGCAGCAUCCUCAUGCUUGUGACUUGUAUCGUGAUCAGAGUGCAGUGCACUAGGCAGAUCUGUACAUCAUAGUUUUGGUCAUAUAAUACUGUGUGCGAAGUCGACGUUUGUCAGUCUGCACAGUUUUGCCGCAGGAAGAUCUAUCGAUCGGAUUUUGGAUGGUUGCUUUGAGCCCCAUCGUCUUGGGUAUCUGUAUAGGUGAACUACUUUAAUGAUAUGAAUCUACAAGUCC